AUGACUAAAAUCUAGAAUUUAAAAACAGAACUAUAAGAUUUUAAAUCAUAGAAAUAAAAUGAUGAAUAAUUUUAGAUUUCGAAUUCAUUUACCAAAAGUAAAAAGGAUAUAUAAGCUCCUGAUUCUAUUGUGAAUUAAAAUGAACUUUUGAAAGCAAAAGUAAAAAGAUUAGAAGAAACUUUGACCCAAAAAAAGAGGCAGUAUAAGGAAAUCAAUCAGUUAGAGAUAAUGAACACUUAUAAAAUAUGCUAAAUACAUCAAAAUUAUUAUAUGAAGAGAAAAUGGAGAAGUUAGAAUAAUAGUUGA